GCGGUUGCGGGCGGGGAGGGGGGCGGGGCGGGGCGGUGGUUGAGCCGGAGGUCGCCGGGCGCGGGCGCGCAGCAUGGCCGCGGCUGUGGCGCUCGGGGGACGCGCGGGCUGGUGGCGCUGGCACAGGCGGGUGCGUGCUGCCCGCGCGGCGAUGGUGUGUUCUAGGGCAAUGGCUUCCAAAACCCCAGUCGGAUUCAUUGGACUGGGUAACAUGGGAAAUCCAAUGGCAAAAAACCUGGUAAAACAUGGAUAUCCUGUUAUUGCAUAUGAUGUGUUCCCAGAAGCUUGCAAAGAAUUUCAAGACUUGGGUGCUCAGGUAACGGAUUCUCCAGCAGAUGUAGCAGAAAGAGCAGACAGAAUUAUCACCAUGCUGCCUUCCAGCCCCAACACAAUAGACGUUUACACAGGAGCAAAUGGAAUUCUAAAGAAAGUGAAGAAAGGCUCAUUGUUAAUAGAUUCCAGUACUAUUGACCCUGCAGUUUCAAAAGAAUUAGCUAAAGCAGUUGAAAAAAUGGGAGCUGUGUUCAUGGAUGCUCCAGUUUCUGGAGGCAUUGGAGCUGCUCGAGCUGGAAACCUUACUUUCAUGGUUGGUGGAGUGGAACAAGAAUUUGAUGCUGCCAAGGAGUUACUGACAUGUAUGGGUUCUAAUGUGAUCUACUGUGGAGAGGUUGGAACCGGACAGGCAGCAAAGAUCUGCAAUAACAUGCUCUUGGCCAUCAGUAUGAUUGGAACUGCUGAGGCUAUGAAUCUGGGAAUCAGAUUAGGGCUUGACCCAAAGCUGCUGGCCAAAAUCCUAAAUAUGAGCUCAGGCCGCUGUUGGUCAAGCGACACCUACAAUCCUGUUCCAGGAGUGAUGGAAGGAGUACCAUCUGCUAAUAAUUAUCAAGGUGGCUUUGGAGCAACACUCAUGGCUAAGGAUCUUGGCUUGGCCCAGAUUUCUGCCACCAACACAAAGACACCAGUCCCUUUGGGAUCCCAGGCACAUCAGAUCUACAGGAUGAUGUGUGCAAAAGGCUAUGCCCUGAAAGACUUCUCAGCUGUGUUCCAGUUUUUACGCGAGGAGGAAACCUUAUGAGCUGCCCUUCAGCAAUGGACGUGAUAACAAAACACAUUUUUUUGUUUUUAUCCUUAUAGCUCAUUUGAGAAGUAUGCGGGUUUAAUCAAAUACUGUGCAUUGUGAUCCCAUACAGACUAGUCAUCUUUGGUUGUCUAGAUCACUGCAAACUCCAUGAUUUUUUCAUCAGUUCCUGAAAAAGCAAGUCAGGGGAAGGGAUUGUUUGGCAAUUAGCCAGACAGGAAUUUCCUUUUUUUAAGAACCAUCAAAGGUUUUUUCACUAAAGGCAAUAAAUAAAGUAAAUAUUUUUUUAAUUAAAAAUGCAUAUAAAAUAACUGACAUUAUGGCUACAAACUUAAGAGAAUCUUGAAUAGUAAGGGGAAGAUAUAUAGUGAUUAUAAUGUGAUAAUGAUAUAUAUAGUGGUUUAUUAAAAUGAAAAGUGAAUUCUUUACAGAAAAAGGGAAGAUCUGUUCAAUGAAGAAACAUAGCUUGAGAUGGAUUUUUUUUUUUCCUUGGACCUACUAGCUUUGGGUUGAUCAGUAGUGAAUUUUUCCUGGGAUUCAGGUUGCAGAUUUAAGUUUAUAGGCAUAUGUAACUUAAGUGGAAUGCUGUUACAGCAUGUUUAACUCAUAGACUUAGUUAAAAUAACAUAAUAUGUGUCUUGUAAAGCUCCAUUAUUGUAUUUUGCUAACCCAAUUUUAUAUUUUCUUCCUGUAUUCCAUUACACAUUUUCAGAACUCAAGAAUGGCACCUAUUAGAAGUUCUAACAGAGGGUACAUUUGCUUUAGGUAAUUAUUGCAGUAUUAUAAACCUAAGGAAACCCCAUUAUUUUGAAAAGAAAUAAAAAUCUAUACUGGUAAAUACUUGCUAUAUGAUUAUUUGCUUUUUGUUUUGGUGCACUCUUGUAAACACACAGUUCAAUACAAGCUUGUACUAAUUUUUUUUUAAUUUGCUUGGUUUUCUACAGAUUGUCUUGCAAAAGCAGGGUCUUGAAGAGCUCUUAUUGUGAACUAUUGUGAACUGAGUAAGGAAAUAUAUUUGCAUAUACAUUUUGGUAACGAAAUGGUCACCAACUCCUUGAACUCACAAGUGUACAAGUGCACACUUAGUUUUAUGAAGAUAAGUACUCCCAUUGAUUUUACUGAACCUACUGUCAUUCACACUUAUUUGCAGGAUCUGGGGCUUAGUGGUCAAUUAUGCAUUUUACAUUCUUAUUUUUUGUAAUUUUGGUUGUAUGACAGCGCAUUUUAUAUAUGCACAUUCAGAUAGCAACGUUGUGUGCUUGAAUUAACUCAAGAAGCAUGUGAAUAAUCUUCUGAGAACGUAGACAUUAGCUUUUAACACAUUAGUAACAUUAUACAAAGGUCAUUAAUACUGACCAAUCAGUUCUCCUUUCAGUUUGUUCUGAAAACUAUAUUUCUAGGUUAUUCAGGGAUUUGGGGAUCAUUAAUGUUAUAUAUGUGUAUAGGACUACUGGGAGCAAACUCACUUUUUAAAAAUUGUUCAUCUUUGAUAAAACUACCGUUUCUACAGGAUUGCAUUCAUUCUUUGAAAUUAGAUUAAAAGCUUCAAUAAACACUACUACAAUUGCAAAGUCAA